AUGGCUUCUAAUAUUGUGGGCUCUCCUAGAAAGGUUCUUGCUGUUCCCGUUGGGUCCUCGUUGGCUUCUUCGGCUGUCUCUCAGACUCCUCCUUCUGUGAUCGUCCCUGAUGACGGUUCAAAUGUGGCUGCUGCGGUUGGUCCCUCUUUAGGUAAAUCAUCUGUCUCUGUUCUCCAUAGUAUUCCUCUGUUUUCAUCUGAGGUUGUGCCUGUUAAAUCUGCUGUUGGGUCUGUUAAAUCAGUGCGUAGAAACAUUAAGUCUGUAGCCCAUAAACCCUCGUCUAAAUCCCUUCCUCCUAGGCGUGUCACCCGGUCCCAGUCGUCCACCCCUGUCCGUGUGUCUUCCUCUCCUUCACCAUCUAUCCCUUCUCAACCUUCGUCGUCCAAAGGUUCUUCCAAAAAGAGGUCUUUAGAUCCUGAGUCGCUUCUCCCUCGGAAAAAGCUUACGCAACCCUCUACAUCUCAUUCUCCUUCUCCUUCGGUCCAACAUAAAAAAUCUGGGUCUUUUAUGGGUUAUAAAAAACCUCACUCUUCUCCUGUGGUUAAAAAGAAAAAAGCAUCUUUGCCCAAGUCUCCUUCUCCUUCCGUGUCUGCUCCACCUAGUGGUAGUUCUGACCUUCCCCCAUUAAUGUUCUUUUUCAACACUAGGAAGUUUCAGAAGUAUAAAGAUCGUACGUCGUUUCGACUGUUAAAUGUGGAAUCACAUGUCGUUUUAGAUGAUUUUCCUCGCUUCAAAAAGUCCAUGCUUUCUAGGGGUUGGAUUAAUUCGGUCUCUAAUCUACUCAUGCCAUCUCAGAUUCUUGUUCGGGAAAUUUAUUCUAAUAUUGACAAACAUAUUUUGGAAUCUUCUAAUCCUAAUCAGUUUAAAGUGUUUUGUCGGGGCAAGUGGUUUCGUUUUUCUCCAUCUACUAUUGCUAAAGUUCUGAAUUUUCCUGUGGUUAAAUCUCCUGUUUUUUGCUCUGAUUUUUCCUCUGACUUAAACUUGGUUGCUGCUAAGUUGACUGGUACUCUUGAUUUUAAAUGGCCUGAUAGUAAGGGUGCCAUUCCUGCUACUGCACUUACAUCAUUUUAUAGACUUCUUUUUCAGGUUGCUCUCACAAAUUGGUUGCCUAAUACUCACAAGUAUACUGUUGGUACUUCACUGGCUCGAUUUAUGUUUGCUGUUGGCACUGGAGUUUCUAUUGACUUGUCUACCCUUAUAUUUGAUCGAAUUUAUAAUGAGGCUGUUGCUCGUGGCACAAGGUCUUUUUUACCAUUUCCUUGUCUGCUUCAUCGUCUGGCUCUGUCCAUCUCUCCAGAGUUUACUGCUCAAGAAGUCUUUUUAUCUGUUCCUGAAAUUGACAGCAAUCUUCGCAGUCUUAAGGUUCCUCAGGUUUUCCCUUCCACUGACCCAGCCUCUGAUCAUGUGCUGCCUGGUUUUCCAACUUCUGGCUGGCGGUUUAUGCUGUUUGACUAUAUGCAUCAGUUUCAGGCAAGUUUCAAUGAUUUUGUGACUACUUACAAAAAGGAUAGACAGCGCACAUUGCAAUUUGAGAGAAGGGUCUUGGCUCAGUUGGCUCAAAUUCGUGCUUCAUCUCAGGGGGAGUCCAUUGUUCCUAGCGCAUCUGUGCAGGGGGAGUCUCCAGAUAGACCUUCGUCUCAGUAA